GUGUUACAUGAAUUUAUAAUUCAAGCUGCUUUUGUUGCGAAAUUUGGAAUGCAUGAAAGUACCUCAUGCAUUAUUUAUUCUAUGACACCAAAGAUACAAGCCACUAAAGAUAAGUGUCAUUUGGAUACAAAUACUUUGUACAGGCCCAAUUUUUCUUGUUAUCUCCAUUAAUUCAUAAACACAUCAUCUCAAUUUAUGUAUCAUUUCAAAGUCAAAUCUAAUAGGGCGACUGCGGUUAUUAACUGCUGCACUGCCGAUUUUGAUUUUUGUUUGCCGCGUUACUCCCGAAAUAUUUAAAAAUAUUUAUAAACACUUCAUAACAUUUUACCGUUAACUUGUAAAUAGGUAUUGCCGAAUGUCCAGCGAAAGAUUAUUGUAUGAGCAUACGGAUCUCAUAGAGAGUUCCCUAGGAGAUUCAGGUAUUAAGGUUUCUGAGCAGUACAUACUUGCGUUACAUGCUGAACAAUCUCAAAAGUCUAGUUUUUUCUCAUACUGUUUUCCUACUAGUACUCCUUCAUUUAUUGAUCAGAUUCCUUAUAGGAAUAUACUAUGGUGCAGUGUAUUAGGAGAUGGGGGAUCUAAUCAGGAUGAAUUAGAAUUAGUUUAUGUGCUGCCAAGACAUAAAAAGUCAGUGGAAAUUAAGACAAUACAUAUUCAGAUCAAGGGACCAUUGCAUGAGCAAACUUCGGCACAGCAGCUUGUUGAUCACAUACUUUCCAAAUCUUACAAAAAUCACAUAGUUAGCCCUUCUAUCCUAGUGAUAAUAAAUCCUCAUGGAGGGAGAGGUGAAGCAGUUCAAGUAUACCAAAAAGACAUCUUGCCUGUUUUGACUGCAGCAAAUGCAAAAAUAUCGUAUGUGGAAACGGAAUACUCACAGCAUGCAGUUGAAAUAGCCCGAACAAUGGACAUUGAAAAAUAUGAUAUAAUAGCCUGUUGUUCAGGCGAUGGAAUACCCCAUGAAGUGAUAAAUGGAUUUUUUAAGAGAGAGGAUCGUGGUGUGAAAGCGUUUAAUAAAAUCGCUGUAACUCAGUUACCCUGUGGCUCAGGAAACGCAUUUUCUUUAAGCACUCAUGGAAGUAAUGAUGCUUCGUUAGCUACUUUUCAUAUGCUCAAGGCCCAUAGAACAAAGUUGGAUUUAAUGGCUGUUACGCAAGGGGUGGGUCUGAGGAAGUCGACAAAGUUGUCCUUUCUAUCCCAAUGUUAUGGUAUCAUAGCUGAUUCUGAUAUAGGAACCGAGCACUUAAGAUGGAUGGGUCCAAUAAGAUUUGACUUGGGUGUAGCACAAAGAGUCAUUCAAAGAUCUAAAUAUCCCUGUGAUGUAUAUGUAGAAUAUGUUACAAGAUCAAAAAAGGACAUUGUUGAUCACUUUGAUUCUCAUUAUUCAAGAAACGAAGGAUUUGUCGAUUUUGAAAGAGAAAGUAUGCCCUAUGAACUUCCUUUAAUCACUGAAAAUGAUUUAGAGGUUUCUGGACCAGAGUUGAAUCAACCCCCUCCAGCAUCGUGGACAAAGUUAGCAGAAUCAGUUCUGAAAAACUUAAAUAUAUUAUAUGUGGGGAAGAUGCCAUACAUAUCAAAUGAUGUCCAGUUUUUUCCUGCUGCCCUCCCCAAUGAUGGUACAAUGGACAUGAUAGUCACAGAUACGAAUACUUCUAUUAUUGAGACAACUUCGAUUUUAUCAUCUUUAGAUCGGGGCUUGCACGUUCAUAACGAGAAAGUUCAUCAUUCUAAGAUUCUUUCUUACAGAUUAGCACCCAGAUUAUCUAAUCCAAAAAAUCAUUAUAUCUCAGUAGAUGGAGAAAGUUUUCCAUUCGAGCCAUUACAGGUAGAAGUUCUUCCUGGUAUAUUAACCAGUUUAUUACAAGAUGGUAAGUAUGUUGAAACUUGUUUUACGAAAUAAGAUAGGAUAUAGAU